CAUUUCUAUCCCUCUAUAUAUAUAUAUGAGCAACCGGUUGCCGCUUGUUAAUUGUCGCUUAUCUUCCCUUCGAGCCCUAGAGAAAGCUACCAGUCUCAACGCCUCUUCGUCCCUGAAUCCUUGAGCCCUCUCAGUCUUGGUUUAUGAGCUCCAAGGAGAAACCUACUCUCGGAGGUACACGGAUCAAGACCCGCAAACGGAAUAUAGCUGCACCUUUGGACCCUGCAGCUUUUGCGGAUGCAGUGGUCCAGAUAUAUCUGGAUAAUGAUGGUGAUCUGGAACUUGUUGCCAAAAGCAUCGAAUCUUCAGAUCUUAACUUCUCACGAUAUGGUGACACCUUUUUUGAGGUGGUCUUCACUGGAGGCCGUACCCAACCUGGCACAAUAAAGCCAGAUGAAGGAGAAAGACACUCCUAUUCUGUUUUAGAUUGUGAGCCUAAACGUGAAGCUAUCUUGCCAUCUGUUCUCUAUAUACAGAAAAUCUUGCGUCGGAGGCCCUUUAUGAUAAAGAGUCUUGAAAAUGUUAUGCGGAAAUUCUUGCAGUCUUUGGAGCUUUUUGAGGAGAAUGAGAGAAAGAAGCUUGCUAUUUUCACAGCCCUUACAUUUUCUCAGAAGCUAUCAGGACUUCCACCUGAGACUGUCUUGCAGCCAUUGCUCAAGGACAAUCUUGUGGCCAAGGGGCUAGUUCUUUCAUUCAUUACUGAUUUCUUCAAGGAAUAUCUGAUUGAAAACAGUCUAGAUGAUCUUAUAUUGCUUUUGAAACGAGGUAAAAUGGAGGAUAAUCUCCUUGAUUUCUUCCCAACUGCAAAACGCUCUGCCGAGGGCUUUUCUGAGCAUUUCACAAAAGAAGGAUUAUUAGCUCUUGUUGAAUACAAUGAGAAGAAAAUAUUUGAGGUGAAGCUAAAGGAAAUGAAAUCAGCAUUGACUACCCAGAUUGCAGAAGAGACUGAUAUAUCUGAAGUUAUAGAGACUGUAAAACAACAGGUUAAAGAUGCUAAGUUGCCUGAUGUUGAGGUUGUACGCAUUUUGUGGGAUGUAUUAAUGGAUGCUGUUCAAUGGUCUGGGAAAAAUCAACAGCAAAAUGCAAAUGCUGCUCUUCGCCAGGUCAGAACAUGGGCCAAACUUUUGAAUGCUUUUUGUACUAAUGGGAAGUUGGAACUUGAACUCAUGUACAAAGUCCAGAUCCAAUGCUAUGAGGAUGCCAAACUGAUGAAGUUAUUUCCUGAAAUCAUAAGGUCACUUUAUGAUCUAGAUGUGCUUGCUGAGGACACUAUUCUUCACUGGUUUCGUAAAGGUGCUAACCCAAAGGGCAGGCAAACUUUUGUAAAAGCCCUGGAGCCAUUUGUUAACUGGCUUGAGGAAGCUGAAGAGGAAGACUGAAUGCGGGAAGGCUACAAGUGACGUUGGAGGGGACUAGUAAUCUAUGCCUGCUGCCAAUUAUUUACUGUGGGGUCUCCAUGUAUCAAGUAAAAUUAAUAACAUGUAAUCUGUGCCAAAAUCAUAAAUCUCAUCACAAUUUUAAGUUAUGCCGGCACCUGUUUCUGCGCCUGCACACUCAGUUUUUUGCUUGCAUUAGAGCUGUAUCAACUUCUUUGAAAGGACUUUUGGUGUGAAAUAAUAAUAUUUAAAUUCGGGUUUUAGAAGUGAUAA